AGCAGCACCUUCGGGGCUUGGCAGCUUGAGCUCACACCUCUGCCACUCUGGCCACGGCCCUUCCUCCCUGAGCCUCGGGUGGUCUCUAGUGAUCGAGGCUUAGCUCGGCUUGGUACCUGGAGGGAGAAGAAGGACGGAAAUCGCUCAGGCUCUGGAGCUGGAGUCCUUCCUGCCACACUGACUGUCUGUGUGACCUUGGACAAGUCACUCUGCCUCCUUGGACCUCAUUUUCCACAUCUCUGAAAUAAAGCAUUGGACAAGCAAAGUUUUGAAGUAUCCCCACCUCUUCACUGCCAGAUGGAGGUCAGCCACUCAGUAAAAGAGCGGACUAUUGCUGAGAAUAGCCUGGUCAUCCUGCUGCAGGGUCUCCGGGGUCUGGUGACCACAGUGGACCUUCGGGAUGAGACUGUGGCCCGUGGCCGAGUGGACAACGUGGAUGCCUUCAUGAACAUCCGCCUGGCUGAAGUCACCUACACGGACCGGCAGGGCCAGCAGGUCCAACUUGAUGACCUCUUUGUGACCGGUCGCAAUGUCCGCUAUGUCCACAUUCCCGAUGAUGUAGAUAUCACUGCCACCAUCGAGCAGCAACUUCAGGCCAUCCAUCGGGUGCGAAACUUUGGCAGUGAGGGUAAGGGCCGAAGGGAAUUUCCUACCAGGAAGUACAAGUGAAAGACAUUCCCCCUUCACCCUUGGCCUUACAGCUUUAGAUGGAGGCUGCUACCCUACUUUCUGAUAAGACAGUUCUCCCCAAUCAGGACACAGACCACAAGCAGAAGGACAAGCUCAUUCCAAAGCCACAUUUGCCUUUUACAAACCCAGGAUUUGAUCUGGGUACCCAAAAUCUGAUAUGUCUGUAAUCUUGGAUUUAUUGAAGACCAUCCCCCAUGCUUCCUGGCCAUUGGGGCUUGGCUAACUGACCACUCAGACCUGUGGAGCUCCCAGAUUCUGUAUUAAAGGGUUAACUUCAGCCAUUUUUCAUACUUUUCUAAAAUUCAUUGAUGACCUUUGCUGCUAAAUGUUCUGGCCUAAGAGUAUUUUGUCAAUCCUCUCCACUCAAUUGUUUACCUCUAAAACCAAAAUUAAAUGCAAACAUGAGUCCUAGGCCUUCCCAGACCCCCAGGCCUCUACUUGUCCAUCCAUGUUGUGCAGAAUUAAAGCAACCCAGUAGGGAAACAAA